AUGGGCUCACAGGAAGCUACACAGCCAGCUACACAAGUAGUUGUAGAUCCCCAUAGACUGGGACAACCAGACUCGGAUCUUAGCCAAGCAGAUCUCGCAGAUAUCUGCUGCAUACUACAACCCGACUCUAACCCUGCUCGGAGCGCCUGCUCUCUUCUUUACAGGAUUGCACCUCAAUAUAUUGUAACGAAUAACCCAGCGAUUACUCAGAAUCGAACGACAGUCACUACUAACAGCAAAGGAAACGAUGUCUAUAAAAUAUCCUCGCAAGAAAUUGCUCUUCGCUUGUCAGUACCGUCUAAAGAUCCAUCAGUUGGUGGGUUUUUCUUUGGGCGCAAUGCGCAGCGCUGCGAUAUAUUGGUCGGUAAAGAUGCAUCAAAAAGAAUAAGCAACAUUCACUUUCGAAUCUAUAUUAAUGAGUUUGGUUAUCUUUUACUGGAAGACCUCUCUACCAACGGAACAGCGGUGGAUGGCGUUUUGCUACGAGCCAACAUGAAAGGAAAAGGUCUGGAGUCUCAACACGUACUCAGUCAUGGAUCUCUUAUUACCCUGACUAUGAAUCUUCCCGAAGGAGAGGAGGAUUAUAGGUUUAAAGUUCGUAUCCCAAACCGUGACUCGGCCGCAGAGGAGGCCUACCAGAUAAACUUGACAUCGUAUUUUUACCGUGUGUUCAAAGCUGGAGCUAGAAAGGUGUCAGAAUUUAAAAAUACCUCGACAAAUUCUGAGCCGCCACCGAGUCGUAGAAUAGAUCCUGUACCGGCCAAAGUUGCGAAAAACAUUGGUGUUAAACUAGAGGAAUGGAAAGGUGGACAAAAAUACAACAAAGUUAGCCGCAUAGGUAAAGGCGCAUUUGCAACGGUUUAUCUAAUUACUUCCAAAUAUAGUGGAGUUCCUUUUGCUGCUAAGGAACUUGAAAAAAGACGGUUCAUGAAAAAUGGUGUCCUGGACCCGAAACUCGAUGAUGAAAUGAAGAUUAUGCGAAAGAUAAAUCAUCCCAACAUUGUUCGAUUUGUCGAGCAUAUUGACUGGCACGCCUACCUAUACAUAAUUAUGGAGUAUAUCCCAGGCGGGGAUCUCGGGGGACUCAUAAGCCAAUAUGGCUCCCUGCCUGAAGCUGAAGUCAAAAAAAUUGCUAAACAGCUUCUUAGCGCUUUGAAAUAUCUUCAUGCCGAAGGUAUCACUCACAGAGACGUAAAACCGGACAACAUUCUUGUUGCAAAUAAUUCACCCCUCCAGGUAAAGCUUACUGACUUCGGCCUCUCGAAGAUGAUCAACGGCGAGGAAACCUUUCUCAGAACCUUCUGCGGAACUCUUUUGUAUUGCGCUCCUGAAGUUUAUCCGGAAUAUCAGGAGUUCGAUUCGGGUGGUAGAAGGCCACCCAGAGCUGUAAGGCGUAACCUAUCAUCCGUCCAACGCUAUGACCAAGCCAUUGAUAUUUGGUCCCUUGCUGGAGUACUUUACUAUUCGAUAUGCGGGAAACCUCCGUAUACAGUUGAAAAUGGUACUAACUACCUUGAUCUUCUAACUCAGAUUAUGACUCAGCCAUUAGAUAUUCAACCAUUACAAAAGUUGAAUAUUUCCCAGAGUGGCAUUGAAUUUAUAAAAAAAAUGCUGCAUAAUCAACCAGUGUUUCGCGCUACUAUUGAAGAACUCGAAAAGAGCCCUUGGCUAACUGUAGAAGAUGAAUUAGAGAUUGAAGACGUAGAUGAGGUUGAUAUGCUUAGUUACAACAAUCUUUUCAACAUAAUUGACAAGAACUCCCCGCAUAUGGGUAAUAGCAAUACACUAAGAGAAGCCAUGAAUAAUAUAUCUUGCGCUGGGGAGAAGAGUAGUCUAACUGAAGUCCAAAAUUCUGACGUUUCUGAUAGUUUUACAACAAGUAAAGCUUUGUCAAUGUUAAUCAACAACUAUGGACUAUCCGACCUACCCAACCAUGAACAGAACAAAGAUGACAAAUCAACCCGAAAUGCUGCCAAUGUUUGUCUUGCAAGCUCAGGGGCACUACCAUCAAAGAGACAUGAAUUCUCUCCUGGACUUAAAACUUCUAAAAGUUCAAAACAUGUCGUUGAUAGCCAGAAUUAUGCUUCACUGCAAUUUUGUGAAGAAGACAAUAUACCAGAAUUGUCAUGUUACAACAAACAAGGUUUCGGAUCUCAUGACUAUGAAUUUAGAUCUUUGAGUCUACUGGGUGCCGAAUCAUUGAUAAGAAAUUUAAAUAUGCGCUCACCCAUUCCAGCAAAACUCUUCUAUCCAGAGAGUAACAAAUUUCGGGAUAUAGAAUCAGUGGAAAUUACAGCUGGUCUUCGAAGGCCUAGGGAAGAAAAUUUAGCUACUGAGCAUUUACAGUUCCGCGCUUUAAGUAGAAAACGUAGGUGCAACCGUCAAUGCCAGGCAGAAAUAAUUACACGGUUAGACUCAAUGGAAGACUCAAACGAGAUUGGCCCUGAUUCUACCAAUUUUCUUCCUAUAACUUCAAUAUCGGAGGAGGCUAGAAAUCAGAUGCGCAACACAGAUGAUUUAGGUAAUUGUUGUGGAACAUUUUCACAUAACGCUAGAGAUAUUUCGUGCUCUUUUGUUGGGCUUAACAAUUUGAAGGUCCCUAAUCCAAAGCUGUCAAUUCCUGAGUGCAAAGUAGCGAAUACAGAACUAGGGUCGAUUGAGUCCUCAAUUAGCUACCACCCAGGCCAAAAUUAUUGGUCUAUUUCGAACUAUCCAAAUAUUGAAGGCCAGGAUAUAAUGUUCACCGGUAUCUCCGCUCAUGACAAGCAAAAUCAGUCAUCCAAGUACACUUUUGCAAAGCUCGUUUCAACUCCUGAUAGUUGUCUACCUGGUAUAACUAUAGACCUUGUACAAUUUAUGACGAGCUGGGGUCGUGGCUCCAAAGCGACAAUGCGCUACCCUGAACUGAACGAGAAUCGCAUCCCAAAAUAUGCUUUCAAGAUUUUUCUUUUCCGGUCUGGUUGUAACAACACAGCCUCCUUAGAUUCCAACUAUCAAGCCUCGUCUGGGUUUUCGAGUCAAGAUAUGAACUUUUAUAUCUCCACAAAGGCAUCAGUUGGAAUAUGGGUAAAUGAUUUUAACCUGAUGUCUUAUGAUCGUCAAAACCCGAACACUGAGUCAAAAUACUGGGGAAAACUAAUGAAUGGUGAUUUAAUUACUGUUUGGCGUCAUGAUUCAAAGCCGAGAGAGAUUUUUACGCGAUUCCGGUUUGAAUGUUCCUACGGUCAAUCUAAAGAAAGCAGAUCGUCUAGUGAUCAAUUCCAACUAAUACCUGAUGGUCCAUAUCUCAGGGAAUUAGAACAAUCUUGUAAAAAAAUGGAGAAACUCAUUCUAUCACAAAGAGGGACUAGGAGAUCAGAAUAA